UUUUUUUUCUUUUUCAUUUCUCUCCUUUUUUUUAUUUUAUUUUCUUAUGCCAACAACGACUAUCACUACUGCCACUACUUCCACUACCAAAGCCAGUAGUACGAGUACGAGUACUACUAUCAGUACCACGGCUACCAUGGUAACCAUGUUACCAGUUUCUAAACCAAUUACUAUCCCAGGACAAACAGAUACAGAGUUGUCUUAUCGAGAAAUCAUAAAGCAACUAGCAGCACAGACAACGACAAAGCCAUAUGAGAAGCAGGGCAUUACUGCUGAAAGUAGAAGCAAGCCUAUGAGAAGAAUGUCCCACGUAGAAGAUUGGAUUCAAGUAGAUAGUAAGGAAUCAUUACCUGAUGAAGAAGAAUUGGUACAAUCGCCUUUUAGAAACUUUCUAUCUGCAGAUUUCUUUACAGAAGUGCUGCCAUUACAUAUGCCACCACCUUCUCUGAGUGAGAAAUACAUAGAAGAACAAGUUCAGGUACAACAACUGGAUGACAUGAUGGAUGAUUCUGAUGAAGAAGAAGAAGACGAUGAUGAAGACGAAGAAGACGACGAAGAAGAAGAUAGCUAUUUAAAGAAAAAGACCAAUUCUAGCAAGUUUUUGCACCAUAAAGAUUUGUUACGUCGACAUUCCGUAUCAUCAUUUACACAAAAAUCAUCACCCGUAUCUUCUACUACGACGGCUUCUUAUGCAAUAUCCUCUUCUCCACCUCAUUUAUCAAAUACAGAUCAUGAAUUAUGGAAAGCGACAUUAGCAAAGUUGAAACAAUCAUUACUUUUAGUCUCCCCUUCUUCUUCACCACCACCACCUGUUCAGAAAAAGCAGGAAACAGAUGCACUUGUCAAAACAAAGAAACGCAUCAAUAAAUUGAUUCCUAUGCCUAUACCACCCAGACGUCCUUUAUCACAAAAGAGAAGAUCUGAAGCCACGACACAACCAAGAUUUAACCCAGAUACCAAUACAUAUACAAGAGAUACAAGAUCAAACCCUGAUCAUCUGCGUAUGAUUUCCGCUGAACUCAAUAUGAUGAGAGGUAGAAAGCUUCUAAGUCCUUUAAAACCAAGAGGCUUUUUACCUAGAAGAAAAGACCCUUUUAUUCGUGGUGGACAUAGAAAGCCAUCUCAUUUAAUGCAAGAAAUUAUCUUUUAAUAAUAUAUGAAUAAAAUA